ACCUCAAACUGUUCGCCAAGACACUAGCCCUGCGAAUCGCGAAGCACCUACCACACCUAGUGCACUCGGACCAGGUCGGGUUCAUCCCAGAGAGGGAGGGAAGAGAUAACACCAUCAAAGCCCUAAACAUACUGCAAGUAGCAAGGUCGCAACACCGGGAGCUACUCCUCCUCUCGACAGAUGCCGAGAAGGCCUUCAAACGGGUGGACUGGCUGUACUUGGAGGAAACACUCACACACAUGGGAUUCGGCCCACGCAUGCGAUCAUGGGUCCUUUCCCUGUACACGAGCCCGACGGCACGGAUUCGG